UUGCUGAUGUAAGUGUGUGUGUCUUCCUUUUGUACUCGUCUGUGUUUAACAUUGGCUCUCAGUGUGUAACCACACACACGCGCGCGCGCACACAGACACACACACACUUUUACAGAAUGGAUGGGUGAGGAUCGAGUUGGUUUUCUUUAAGUUGGACGACAAAAACGGAGACAGCUGCUAGAGGAGCAUGGGUACGACUGCCAGCACCGCCCCUCCACAGGCGUCUGAGGGUAUCCACAGCAAUACCAUGAUGGACAGCAGGCAGCCACUAAGCCCCGCCCCCUUCAUCCACAACAACAGAGCCAAAUCCAUCAUCACCAAUAAAGUGGCUCCGGUCGUUAUCACCCUUAAUUGCAAACAAGAGUUUCAGAUCCACGAUGAUGUCAUCAAGACGAAUUACACAGUGGGGCGCAUUUCUGAUAACAUGCCUGAACACUUCCUGGUGCAGGGCUCCUACUUCAUGGUGCUGGACGUGUUCAGUAAAGCGGACGUUCUCAACACGACUGCCUCGUGUGGCGCUCCAAACUUCCGUCAGGUCAGAGGAGGUUACCCGGUGUUUGGAAUGGGUCAGCCCAGACUGGGUGGUUUCAGAAAGGUCCUGUACAUGCUGCAGAGCCGAGGGCACGAGGAAGUGAUAGUUUUCUGUGUAAGGGAGGAGCCGGUGGUGUUCCUGCGUGUGGAGGAUGAUUUUGUUCCGUACACGCCGAGGAAAAAGGAGAACCUGCACGAGAACCUACAGGGCCUGAGUAAGAACAUUCUUGUGGAGAACUUCGAACUCAACAUCAGGAAAGAGCUGCAUGACUUUGCCAGGCUGAACGAGAACGCCUUCUUCGUCUACAACGACAUUGAACACUUUAAAGAUGAACCUCAGAGGAUCUUCAUCACCUGUGAAGAGGACAUUCACGUCACUGAAGAGGUUUACAGAAGACCUGUUUUCACCACACCCUCAUACAGGUAUCACCGUCUGCCUCUGCCAGUAGAGGGCGCUCCGUUGGAGGAGCACUUCAACGCCUUUGUGAACGUGUUACGGGAGACCCCGUCUUUGUGUGUGAAAGGGGGCGGGGCCUGUCCUCCCCCAGCCCUGCUAUUCAGCUGUCAGGUCGGUGUGGGUCGUACCAAUGUGGCCAUGAUCCUGGGGACUCUGGUGAUGCAGAGAGUGAUGGCAAAUACACAACCUUCACCGUCUACACACACACCUGAUGUGGAAGAAUCGACCACUGAGGUGAAAGUUCACUUCCGGGUCAUUGAGACGCUCAUCAGUAAGCUACCUAACGGUCAACAAAUUGUAGAUGAGGUGGAUAAAGCUGUUACUCUUUGUUCUGAAAUGCACAACAUCAAAGAUGCCAUUUACGAGAACAAGAAGAAGCUGGAGGCCAUCGCAGAGGAUUACCAAACCCAGGGAAAUAGUACUAAGCUGUACUUCCUACAGAGGCUGGUUCAGAGUUUGGAACUUUACUUCUAUCUUAUCCUCUUCAACGCCUACCUACAUGACCAGUAUCCACUUGCUUUCUCUCGGAGUUUCAGCCAGUGGCUGUGUGCUAAUGCCUGGGUGUACCGCCUCCUGUCCUGCCUCAACCAAUCAGAGCUCAGAGCACCUGCUGACCUCAUCACAAAAGGAGCCAGAGUCCUGGUGGCUGAUGAGUUCUUGGUGCCAGAUGUUCUCCUCACUGUUAAGGAAAUGAAGGUGGCAAAUUUCAGACGAGUGUCCAAAAUGCCCAUCUAUGGGAUGGCCCAGCCUACAGCCGAGGCGGUGGGCGUGGUCCUUUCGUACCUGGCGGAUGAGAGGAGGCGGUACUCUGCGGUUCUGUGGGUGUGUCUGCAGGAUGAGCUGGUGCUGGAGUGUAACGGUCAGAUUUUCUGCCCCCGAGAGCCGACGUGUCCCGAGCAGCACAUCUCUCUGUACAGUGCAGCGGCUCAGGAGAUAGAGGAGCUGGAGUGCUCCCUGAAGGAGGAGGUGUUGGGUUCUCAGAAGUGGUUGGAGGUGACUCUGGAGCAGGAAAAGCAGAUGAAGAUGUUUAAGAGCUGCAGGACUCUGCAAGAGAUCUUCAGCACACACAAACAGACUCACCAAGGCCUGCAAUACACACGUAUCCCUCUGCCUGAGUGUGCAGCACCAAGAGAGGAGGACUUUGACAGGCUGCUGGAGGCGAUGAAGAGUGUGUUAGCUGAAGAUUCUCGUGCUGCGUUUGUGUUUAAUUGUUCAAACGGCCGCAGCAGGAGCACCACUGCCAUGACCAUCGCCACACUCACACUCUGGCACUUUAAUGGAUUCCCUGAGUUUGGAGAGGAGGAGAUUGUCAGUGUUCCUGAUGCUAAAUACACCAAGGGGGAAUUUGAAGUGGUGAUGCGUUUGAUCAGACUCCUCCCUGAUGGUCACAGGAUGAAGAGAGAGGUUGAUAUUGCGUUGGAUUCAGUGAGUGAGACGAUGACACCGAUGCACCAUCACCUGCGGGAGAUCAUCAUCUGCACAUACAGACAGAUGAAGAGCUGUAAGAAUGAACAGGAGCGUGGAUCUCUGAUGUUGAAGAGUGUGCAGUAUCUGGAGCGCUACAUUUACCUCAUCCUCUUCAACACCUACCUGCACCUGGAAAAGAAGAACUCCCUCCAGCGCUCCUUUUCCACCUGGAUGCACCAGGUGGCAGCUCGAGCAGGAGUGUACGACCUCCUGAACCAGCUGACCUUCUCAGAGUUUGAGAACCUAAAAGACUCAACAUUCGCACAUCUUCGGUUCCGCUGGAGAGAACAGACCGUCCGGAAGCUUCCAUACAGGGGGGAAAUCAUCUGAGAACAGGGGGGGUUUGAAAGGGUUAAUGGGGGGGGGCUCAAACUGACUGAAAGAAAAGGACAGAGAGAGAGAGAUGAUUUUUUUUAUGAUCACUGUGCUUUGGGAAAUUAUUUUGAUUAUAAUAUUCAUUAUGCUUUUAAUUAGAUAAAUAAAUUUUAGCGCAUGAUUACAGCUUGUAAUGCUUGGGUUUAAGUGAAGUUCCUUUAACACGCAGCACAGCUGUUUAACCCGUCUUUAAUGUCUCUGCACAUCUAGUCUUAUUCUUUUUCCUGAAUAAUCCAUCUGCUGUGUCUAUCAGGCAAGAACACACUCGUGUCCCUUGUUUUAAUCCACUAAAGGUUUAAUUCACUUCUACGCAUGAGAAUACAGAGGAGCACGCAUCCAGAUGCAGCUGAGUAACAGGCACCUCUGUUUCAAAAGGGGUGGAGCUUCAGUUAAAUUUGAUCAGCCGAUAAUUAACUUCAGAUAGAAAAUUUAACUAACUAGUGGGUUGGCUAGUAUUUCUGUUGUAUUAUACAAAGAAUAAUUAAUCCCUGAUACAAUCUGUACAUGAAAUCAUCAAACAAUGUCCUACGUUCACACUAGCAAGUGACGAGAUACUCACGGUUCGUCUCUCGACGCUGUGUAGCGACUGCUGCUGUUGCCGCGUGUUGGAUUGGCCUGUCUAGCGUUUUUGUUCCUGUGAAAAACAAUAGAGCUAUAUAUAAAACAUCUCGAGUUAUUUGAUGAGAGGUUGUAUACGACCGGAUGAGAUGAAACCACGGGUAAGUUUUCCUUCUGUUUUUGAGCGUCAACACCGUGAAUAGGAACUAACUGCAGGUGUGAAGUUGUGAAUGGGGAACUGGGAAAGAAAAGACCGCGUCAGACCAUCGGAUUGGUACAGGGAAAUCACCGUUCGGUUUGUUGCUUCAUUGAGCGGUGUUUAAUUUAUAUAGAAUUGAGAAAAUGUCACUUUCCACUGAAAUCAUGGCACCGUGUUGCGCACGUGUGUAGAAGUGGACGUAUUCAAUCUUCCGUUUCAUUGUUUUAACAUUUCAUUGUUUAACGUUCACUCCUUGUCCCUUGUCCACUUUCUUUUCGACUUGUCUGUGUCCCCUUGGUUUGCAAGUAUGCAAUACCUGCUCGAGUGUGUACACUUGGAGCACUCAUGAACUCUCAUCUUGCACAGUUCAUUAGAGCCUGAGGAACUCAACCAAGUCAAGGAAGAUGUGAUAAAAGCGAUAACAAGUCCUAAUAUUACGCUAAAGACAAAUCCAGCCAAUAAAAUGCCAGGAUUAAGUUGUUUUUCUUUUAUAAAAGUUUUUGUAUUAGUUUACACAUUUUGAAUUGUUUCCUUAGAAAACAGUCUGUUAAUCUAAUCUUUAAUCCACCCAUUGUUUACUACUUUACACUUUCAAUAAUGUACAGUUAUUAAUGUUAACAUUGGAGAGCAGAUUUUUAAUGACGCCACUUUAGCAUACUUUUUUGUAAAGGAUGUUUUUACACUCAGCAUUAAAUAUUUUAAACACA